CUGUGUCUCGUAAACAAUUUGUAAACUCUAGGACGUCCCAUGUGAUAGUUAAAUAGGUUAUGGCUUGUGUCUGUUAUUAACGUGGUUAUUUGAAAUAUUUUAUAAUAAAAAUGGUUAAAAUUAAUAAAAAGUCGCAUUGGAAGCCAGUACAGUUAGACACUGGUGUUAUUUCUAAUGGAUUCGAAGGUCUAGUAGGCAUUGAAGAGCUUGCACAUUAUGAAUUGAAAACGGAUUCCAAAAAGGGCAAAUUGAUCCAGACAACGAACGUCGAUCUUGCCAUAAGCUGUGUUAAGAAAAAGAAGAAACGGGCACUAGGUUCGCCGAAGAAAAGGAAACGCACGGGGUCAGCGGAGGAGAGGGAGACUGCAGUCGAGGAGCCGGCAGCAAAGAAACCCAAGAAGAAGCGGCGGAAGGUGAUCAAGAAGCCCGCGGGGGAAGCAGAGGCCCAGCGGGGGCGGGGCGAUGCGGGCACAGUUGCUGCGGCCAGUCCCGAAGAGGAUGACGAGCAUGGCCCCCCGGCAGGAAUGGAAGCAUGGAAUGGGUUGAACGUUCCGAACCCAGUCUUGCGAGCGUUGGCGGAGCAGGGUUUCACCAAACCCACGAAGAUUCAGGAACUCUCUCUUCCGCCUGCUAUUUUCGGACGCAGAGACAUUCUAGGUGCCGCCGAGACAGGCAGCGGAAAAACUUUGGCUUUCGGGAUCCCAAUUAUAUAUGGCAUCCUUGCCCAGAAGAGCAAGGGGAGUUUAGGACAAGAAGCUGAUAACAUUGACUGUGAGAAGUGCGAGGCAGUGAGUCGGGAUAGAGUUGGAGGGCGGCUGUACGCGCUGGUGCUGACGCCCACGCGAGAACUGGCCAUCCAGGUGAAGAACCACCUCGUGGCCGCAGCCAAGUACACUGAUAUCAAGGUGGCGGUGGUGGUGGGGGGGCUGGCCCCCCAGAAGCAGGAGCGACUCCUCAGCAAGGGACCGGAGAUAGUGGUGGCCACGCCGGGCCGCCUCUGGGAGCUCAUGGAGCAGGGCAACCCCCACCUCUCGCAGGUCACCGACAUCAGGUUCCUGGUGAUCGACGAGACGGACCGCAUGGUGGAGAGGGGCCACUUCCAGGAGCUGCAGAAGCUGAUGGAGCGGCUGAACGCCGACGCUGGGAAGAUGCGCAGCCGCCAGAACUUCGUGUUCUCGGCGACGCUGACGCUGGUGCACGAACCGCCGCGCCACGUGGUGCGCAGGAAGGGCGGUGGCAGGCCCACGCGCGUCACGCCCGGCCAGAAGCUGGACGGCCUCGUGCGGUCGCUGGGCAUCACCGACCCCAAGGUCGUGGACGUCACCAGUCAGUCAGGCACGGCGCAGACGCUCUCGGAGGCAUGCAUCCACUGCGCGGCGGAGGAGAAGGACCAGUACCUGUACUACCUGCUGCAGCGGCACGCCGGCCGCACGCUGGUGUUCUGCAACAGCGUCGGCUGCGUGCGGCGGCUGGCGCACCUGACGGGGCUGCUGGGCUGCCGGCCGCUGCCCCUGCACGCCAGCAUGGCCCAGCGGCAGCGCCUGAGGAACCUGGACCGCUUCCGCGCGGCCCCCGGCGCGCUGCUGCUGGCCACGGACGUGGCGGCCCGCGGCCUGGACGUCCCCGGGGUGGAGCACGUGGUGCACUACCAGGUGCCCCGCACCUCCGAGAGCUAUGUUCACCGUAGUGGCAGGACUGCCCGUGCACAGAACACUGGCAUCACCAUCCUGCUGAUCGAUCCGUCCGAGAUCCCCAACUAUGCGCGGCUCUGCAGAACUCUCGGCCGAGACCAGCAGCUGCCGCACUUCCCCGUGGACGAGGGUUAUAUGGCCGCCGUGCGAGAGCGCGUGCAGCUCGCGCGGGAGGUGGACCGGCUGGAGCUCGCGGCCCGCCGUGCCAGCACGGAGGCCGGCUGGCUGCAGAAGGCCGCCGCCGAGAUGGACAUCCUGCUCCACGACGACGACGAUCCGCGCCAGAGGGCGGAGGAGGACGUGCAGGAGGCGACGGCGCGGCACAAGAGGGUGCUGGCGCUCAAGCGCAAGCGGCUGGAGUCCCUGCUGGCGCGGCCCGUCUUCCCCCGGGACUUCCUGCGGGGCCUGCCCGACGAGCCGGGGCCCCCCGCCGGGCUGAACGCUGUGGAGGCGCUCGGGGCGUCCCUCAGCGAGGCCAGGGGCAGCAGGAGGAAGACGAGCCUGGAGGGGUCGGGGCUCGUCCCGCGACCGAGGAAGCACAGGCUCAGGAAGAAGCAGCCGAGGCAGAAGGGAGGGGCUCGGGAUUGAGGCACCGUAGUUGGAGUCUGUUUGCUCCGUGUUUGAACGUGCACUGCUGGGAUUGCAGACUGCCAUGUUUACUGAUAGCUAUGUGUUGUUAAGAUGUGACAAAUACUUUGUACAAGUACAGGGGUAUCCUGUGAUGUCUGGCUGUUUUAAAAAAACUUAUAAAUUAUAAAAGUUACUAUUCUCA